GCUCACGCCAUUUUUAUUUAUAUGUGGUGGGGGGUAACAAAGUGUGCAACAUCGUAAGAUUUAUAAAAUUAUCAAAAGAUUGAUCAAAAGGGAUGCUUAAUUUUGUGAUAUAGUUGUAAUAUAAAUCGUGAUUAUCCAUAAGAUAAAAUUAUAUUAUUACAGAACGUAUAAAGUUAUUAAUGCAAUUGUUAGAUCUUUGUGUUACUGGUAUUAACUACAGAUUUUGCUACAGUUACAACUUGGAUAAAAUGGAUUAUCGUCAAAAGAUGAUUAUACCUUCUCAGCAAAAGACAAAGAAUGAUGAUGAGGAUGAUGAAGAUUUGGAAGCUUUAAGACUUGCUGCCCUUCAAUCAUUAAGAACAAAAGAUAGUAUACAUAAUAAAAAGCAGCCCCCACCACAAAAAACUAUUUCAGAUGUAAUGCAAACAUCUCACUCGUCAUAUAAAAGUCAACGACCUUUAAGAAGAGGAUAUUUUCAUAAUCGGUUACAGCAGCGACAGAAUGGCAAUUUGUAUUACCAGAGUCCACGUAAUCCAAAUUUAAUAGCAAUAGUUCCUGUCGAUGAACGUUCUGUGCUGCAACAAACUGAUUUAGCUUGUUCAAUAGAAAAAACUGCUCCGAAUAUUGAACCUUAUUCUACAGAAGUAUCAAAAUUUCAUCGUUUCAAAGAUAAUGGCAGUGGUACGGAUGAAGAAGAUAAUAAAGAACAGAAAAAGACAGUUAAGAAAUCAGAAGUUAUUGAGAAAGAUAGCAUAGACGAUAAAACAUCUAUAAUAAUUGAAAAUCAGACAGAAACUACAGAAAAUUCAAAGAAAAUUGAGGAAGAUCAAGAUGGUGUUAAUGACGAUGAUGAUGAUAUCAUUAUAAUGGCUGAUCUUGAAGAAGAAGAUAGUUUGGAACGGUUAAUGGAUGAAAUGGAGAGAGAAAUGAAUGUUGAUAAGCCGUCUGAAAGAAAAGAAAAAAAAAAUAAUAAAAAGGAAAGCAGAGAAUCUAUUAAAAAAGAUGAGAUAACUAGAAAUGUAAGUCAAAAAACCAGAAUAGAAGAUACCACUAUUCAAAAAGAAAGUUAUAGCCCAGCACCAGUAACAAUGAUCCUAAAAAAUGAAAGACGAUCCAUAUCUCCACAUACAAUUAAUCGAAUUUCACAAAAACGUAGAUCGUUGUCACCAAGGUCACGAUCAAGAAAAAAAUCACCUAGAAGAUCUCCUAGAAGAUCACCCAUUAGGCAGUCAAAAAAAUCUCAGCGAGAAAUAAUGAGGUAUAGAUCGCCCCGAAAGUCUCCAGUACGUUAUUCUCCACGAUCACGAUCACCUAAGCUUUCAUCACGAUCGAGAUCACCGCGAUUAUCACCACGUAGAUCUCCAAACAAGUCUCCUAUAAGAUCACCUGUUAAGAGACUAUCUCCAAGAGGAAGAUCUCCGAAACUUUCGCCGCAUUCCAGAUCUCCUAGACCAAUACGUUCACCUAAAACAUCCACAACCAAGUCUCCAAGAUUGGCACGAUCACGUUCUCCAAAAUUUUCACCAUUAAGAUUAUCUCCUCAAUCUAGAUCGCCAUUAAGAUCUAGAUCACCUAAUUUAUCUCCAAGACGAACAUCACCCUCACGUAGAUUAUCACCUAAAUCAAAAUCUCCUGGGUUGUCUCCUCGAAGAGGACCGUCACGUUUAUUAUCACCAAAAAUAUCACCACGAAGAAUGUCACCACGGUCGAGAUCACCGAGAUUGUCACCACGUAGAUCACCAUGGUCAUCUCCAAGAAAUUCACCUCGUCUAUCUCCUAGACGAAAAAGAUCUCCAAGAUGGUCGCCUAAAGAAUUCUCACGAAAACAUGGACCACGAUCUAUUACUCCAGAUGGAACAUGCAGUCCAUCAUAUACAAAAGAAUCGUUGUCAAUAAUUAAAAGUAGGAUAUCUCCAGAAAUAAAUCGUAUAAAAACAAAACAGAAAGAAGAAAAUUUGGAUGAUGCUACUAUGAUAGAAAAAGAACCUACUGAUAUAAUUAAUGACCCUGUAUUAGAAGCCCGACGAAAGAAGUUUGAAUCUACAAGGCCUAUAGAUCCAAUAAAUGCAAAUAAAAAAAUUAAAUUAAAUAAAAAGGAAAAUACAAGUAAAAAGAUAGAAUCGGUAGGAGAUGUUCAGAUAGGAAAUGUGAGAAAAGUUAAUAAAAUUACAGAGGAUUAUGAUAUUCAAGAAACAGAUUUAUGUUUAGAUACUCAUUAUGAGUUUGAAGAGUUUGAACAAAGCAUGGAAAGUGCUUCUCCUAUUGCUAUUACAAGUUCUGUUAAUCCAUGCCUGGAUUUAGAAACUCAAAAUCCCGAAAAAGAAAGAUCAUCAAAAAAGAAGAAAAAACGUGACAAGGAAUUGUACCAAGUGGGAAAAUUAAAAAAUGAACUUCCUCUUUCUGAACGUAUUGGAAAAGAUAAGAAAUGUAAGAAACGCAAAGAUGUUAUUUCAGAUGGCUCAAGUGAGGAUAUGGAUGCCAUUUUUGAAGAUCUAGUAGUUGAUAAAGAAAGUGAUUUACGAACUGAGUUAAGUAGAAGACGGGCAGAAAGAUUAAAUAGAACAGUACCAAUUCAGUCUGCAAGAUUAGUGCAAUCUGCUUUUAAAGGAGUUGUUAAUGAAGUUGUCAAAAGUAAUGCAAAAGUGAAUCAAAGACAUUUAGUUAAAACAGAUGAGAAAGCUAAUCAAAAAGAAGUUCGUCGAGUUACUGUUCUUCACAGAACAAUAUCUGAUAUACAUGAUUCUGAAGAUGAAAGUACUGUAGAUUCGAAGGUGCCUGUGCGUUUUAGACUGGGCCUCAAUAAACAAGUGCAAGAUACGAGGGAGUCAAAAGUUUCUCGAAAGGCAUCUAAAAGACAGGGUCGCAAGGAAUAGAGUAAACGCGUGUUCUCCUGAUUGCAUAUUUAUAUGAAGAGUGCAUAGCUGUUCAUCUUACCUCCUAUUUUAUUAUCAGCAUAUGAAGAUAAAAUCUAUUAAAAAUUUAAUUAUAUAAAAGAUUGCACUCAUGUAGAACAAGUAUCUGUUUUAUUUGGCGUGUGACCUAACAUAAAGAUGAAAAAAUAACAUUCUUCUAGAAGACAAUAUCAAUAUUUCAAAAUAUUUUAUGUAUGAUUAUAUCUAAUUUAUUGUUAAGCAUUAUAGUAGAUAGUUGAUUACAUGUGAUUAUAAAUCAUUUGUUGUGUUAAAGUAUUUGUAAAUAAUUUACAUCAAUCACUCAUUUAAUAAAUAAGCAUCAUUAAUAAUCCCAAAGUCACCUUUUGUAAACCUAAGUAUAUUAGUAUUCUAAUAAUUCUGUAUAAAAGAUUCAAUCAAUUGUAAAUAAGAAUAUUGUUAAUAAGCGUGUGUAAAGUGAAAAAUAAGUUGUAUAUCAUGUACAUUGAAUCAAUAUUAUUAAGGUAUUGAAUAUACUAUAUAAAGUGACCUAUAGCAACAGAAGAGUGAUUUUAUUAAAAUAUAUUUUUUACACUACAUUGUUCGAAAGUAACAAACACGAAUUUUUUAAGAUAAUUAAGAAAUGCAGUGUACCGUAAACUGGCUUUUCUUGAUUUGUUAUUUUAUACUUAAAUUAUAAACACAUAGUAUAAAUGAUUUUUGUAUUUAGACAAAUAUAAAAGAGUGUAUCUUAUCUUUUUCUGCACAUAUAUUUAGAGUUAAUGUGUAAAAUUAUACUAUUUAUAUAGUAUUAUGAUUCAGUUAAUAGAAUUAUAUAUAGAAUUAUAUAACUUCAGAAUUAAAGUAUUUAGUCAAUUGGAAUAAUAUCAUUAUUCUACUAUAUUAUUAUAUUUAUCAUUAGUAAAAAAAAUCUGUGUAGUUUUUUCUUGUAUUUUACAUAAUAUUAAUUAAGAUUCCAUCAAACAAUUAGUUCUUAUUAUUAUACGUAUAUUUUUAUGAAUAGCAUAUAAAAUACAUAUUGAAAGUAAAUUAUUAUCAUGUGUUACCAAUAAGCUGACGUAGUAGCCAAUAUACUUACAAAUGUAAAUUUAGAUUAUUUCAGACAUUAUAUUUCAUAAAUAAGAUAGCAUACUUCAUAGUAUCUAUGAAGGUGUAAGUGUUAUAUUAAAUUAAAUAAAAAAAAUGAUAACUGCA